AAGGGAGUCCCGGAACGGGGAAAAGAUUCCGCAAGGCCACCGAAAGUCGACGAAUAAAGAAAGCGAACUGUACUCUUUAAUUUCGAGUAGGAGAUCUAGCAAACAGGGAGGGAGCGCCGCCGAUGGCGAAGAAGGCGAAGAGGACGACGACGUCGGAUGACACCAGUGGAGGCGACGGCGGAUUCCCCUGGUCGACGACGGCCCUGACGGCGCCGACGGCUGGGGCGGUGGCCCUGUUCGCGCUCCUGGUGCGCGUGAUGGUCUCGGUGGGGCCCUACUCCGGCGAGGGGACGCCGCCCAAGUACGGCGACUACGAGGCGCAGCGGCACUGGAUGGAGAUCACCCUCCACACCCCGGCCUCGGAGUGGUACCGCAACACCUCCGCCAACGACCUCGCCUAUUGGGGCCUCGAUUACCCCCCUCUCACCGCAUACCAGAGCCUCGGCCACGGCCUGCUCCUCAACACCUCCCUCCCCGAUGCCGUUGCCCUCUCCCUGUCCCGUGGUUUCGAGUCCCCGGUCUUGAAGCUGCUGAUGAGGUGGACGGUGCUGUCGUCGGACUUGCUCCUCUUCUUUCCGGCUGCUCUCUACUUUGUUUGGGUUUAUUGUCGUCGUAAUGUCGGUGGUGAUAAAGAAGGAAGGUCGGCGCCAUGGCUGCUUGCCAUGAUUCUGCUCAA